GGUGCGCGCUUCACGGCUAUAACGACCGGCCGGCUGACGCUCCUCAGGUGGGCAGAAGGGCCCCCUAUUGCUGUUAUUCGCUUGUUCUGGCGCCACCACUCGAUGAUAGAGAGAGAUGCUCCCACGAAACGGGAAUAGUCUACAGGCAGGAGCCUGGAAUGAAGUUCCAGACGCAAGAUGAAAGAUGGAUGAAGCAAGACAAGCACAAUUGCGCAGAAUUAAGCACGCAGACUCAUAGUUAACAGUCGAUUAGACUUUACUUACAGUACCGGUGCGCUGCCUCGCAGUAAAGAUGCCGGAGGGUGGAGUGGAGUUACCGGCUGAUGGCGCUGCGAGAAGUCUCUCCUCCGAUGCCGGACUGAGUGCGCGGCGGCUCAGCACCAAACGGAACCGUGCGCUGGGUUGCCCCACUAGGCUGUUCCACGAACAGUCGCGUAACACGCUCUGUCAUGCCCCAACCUAUGGCAGCAGGGCGCGCGCCAGCGGCGGCGAUGGAUCGAUGGCCCCGAGCCCCGAGCCCAUGCGCGGAUCCAUCGACCGGCGCGCGACGCGGCUGGGAUCGGCAGGCGCCUCCUCCUCCCAGCUGCUUCUGCUGCUGCCGCUGCACACACACAGGCACUCUGUCGUCCACUAAAGGCUGACCGACCAUCUUGGAUCGGAACCACCGGCAACGCAUCCCGGAAAAAAAGUGACCACGACGCAAAGCAUGACGACGCGCAGACGGGCAGUAUGCAGCUGGCUGCUGCCGCUGCUGCUGCUGGCGACGGCACAGGCCGCGCCCGGCCGUAGCCCAAUGCCCGGCAGCGUGUUCAUCGCCAACCCGACUAGCGGCACACCACUGUCGACCAGUGCGGCCGGCGUCGACUGUGCCGAUGCGUCCCUGCCACGAUGGAGGAACCUGCCCAAGACGCACCGGCUCGUCCUCUCGGCCGCCAACGUGGCCUGCACUCCCGACUCCGAAGCCAACAGGACUCAGGAGGAGACACCGCGCACUACUCUCUCGCUGAGCAUUCAAAGCACGGACGACAUCCAGCUGAAUCUGUCCGAAGAGUGGCUGCCCGGCGGUGGCAACGCGACCGACCCGAGGUUGGCGUUGCAAUCCCUGCAAGGCGGUUACGGCCAGCAGCCGUGCCGCCGCGACGAGGCACUGCUGCUCUGGGAGAAGCCCUACCACGCACCGGGACUCACCAUCUCGCCAGAGAUACUCACGCCGGGAAGCCACGCACUCAGCGUUCACCUUUGGGGUUCGGCGUGGCUGCUGAACGUGAGCGUGGCCGGUCACGAGUGCUCGCGAACGGCCGAAGAGGCGGCGGGAAGCUCGGAGGCCCCCUGCUCGGCGGGAGGCGGCGCCUGCGUCCUCGAGCCGGGGGCCGCGUCGUACGCGUGUCGCUGCUGCCCCGGCCUGUCGGGCCGCUUCUGCGAGGAGCGCGACGGCUGCUUCCACAAGCCGUGCCUCAACCAGGGCUUCUGCGUCGACAUCGCCGAGGGACUGUCGGGAUCACUCUUCCAGUGCCUCUGCCCUCACGGCUUCCGCGGCCGGCGCUGCGAAGAACCACUAGGGGCGUGCGAGCUGCACCCUUGUCCACAGGGCAGCCGCUGUAUGCAGACACCUGAUGACGCCACUAACCGCACCUGCGUACUUGACACGUCGACCAGCGUCCCCACCACGGCAGAGCAACAACAGCCAGGACAGACGCAGCUGCAACAACAGCCGAGCAAAGAGCAGGAGACAACGCAGCAGCAAGAGCCGGCGCAGCCAAAGCUGCAACCGACGCAGCAACCCGACCAGUGGAAAACUCAGCAAGGGCAGCAAGACACGCAGCGUCCGCAACUGCAACAACCCGACCACAAGCAACUUCAGGAGGAAACGACGCAGACUGAGCAGCCAUUAAAGACGGAGCAGCCUUUCGGGGACCCACCCGGGCAGACACCUCAACCAGGGCAACAGCAACAGCAGCGAGUUGCUGUAGCUCAGAAACUUCAACAAGAUCAGGGAAAGCAGCAGACACAGCAACCGGCCGAGCACACGGACAAUAAGUCUGAGCAACCGACAGAAAUACCACCGGAGCAACAAGACGACCGACAAUCCCAACUGAGCACGCUUGUGCAAGGCCAAAAGCCGCAGCAGCAACUGCCGGCGCAGCAAGACCGUCAGAGUGAGAACAACACGACGACGACGACCAGCGCUAGCACAAGCACCGUGCCCCCGGCGCCCACGACGACCGAGACGUCGAGGAACCAGAGCGGCGGCAGCGCGUGCGGCGCCCGUCCGUGCGUGCACGGCAAGUGCGAAGACCUGCCGGCCGGGAGCGGAGGCUUCCGGUGCUACUGCCUGCCGGGCUACGGGGGCGACCUGUGCGAGUUCGAGUACGACGAGUGCGACUCCGGGCCCUGCGCGCACGGCGCCCAGUGCGAGGACCUGGUGGCCGGCUUCCGCUGCCACUGCGGGCCCGGCUACGCAGGGCGCCGAUGCGAGAUCAAGGUGGACCUGUGCCGGCCCAACCCGUGCCCGCCGCCCGCACAGUGCCUGGACCGCGGGAACAACUACUCCUGCCUCUGCAGGCACGACGGUCCAGGCUGCACGCAGCGGUACGACCCGUGCUUCCCGAACCCAUGCCAGAACGGCGGCUCGUGCUGGCCCAGCCUGGACUCCUUCUACUGCUCCUGUGCCCGGAGUUUCACUGGCGACACGUGCGAGCUCAACGCGAUAGCCGGCGGCUCGCAGCUGCCGCCGUCCGCACCCGCCGACGCCAUGGCCAGGACGCAGGGUCGUCCUGCUGACCAGCUGCACAACAUCUACAUCGCGGCGGCCACUCUGGCGGGCGCCUGCCUCAUCGUGCUGGCGGUGGUGAGCGUGUGCCACUGCCGCGUGCACCAGAGCUACCGGGGCUGCGUGCGACGCCUCGGACGAUCCUGCGCCCAGCUCAAGCAGCGCACGCUCGAAGACCCAGACAAAUCCUGGCUGAACCCGGAUGGCAGCGUUUCUGAGGGGAAUCCCGAGUGGCUGGCCGCCGCCUCGGCCGGCCUGCACGCUCCGCUCAUCAUUCGCUGAGCCGCCAGCGCCCAGGCCUGCUGCCGACACGGCGACGACGCCUGCGCUGUGCAGUGUACGGCGUGGGAAGCAACGCGGCCAAACUCUUCGGCCCCAGCCAGGGCCGCCGAUGGAAGCAGGGAUGUCAAGGGUGUCGUCCCUUCGUCACGCAUUGAUCACGUUUCUAACAUCUCGCGGCACGUCAAAGACGUUUCAGCGAAUUCGCGUAUAUGUCGCAGAGGCGCGAUGUGGUUGCAAGUUAAUUCGUAUUCAUUUUCCCCCCUUCUUUGUAUUAGUAUGACCGCAUAAUUACUGCAUUAGAGUGUCGCGCGAAUGUGCGGUUGAUGGGAAUAAGCGCACACGCGCGUUCGUGAACAAAAGGACAAGGGUUACGUGUUCCGCAAGGAAGCCGAAUUACUUCACGGCACUGCACCUGCAGUUUGAACACGGUUAUAAAAUCACCGCAGUGCACUCAAGACCGCACGCUUAGGUAGCCAAGAAACUGAUUAUUUUUCGCGACAACCAUGGCCCCUUUGCUUUUACACACUAUAAUCAUAUAGUGUAUAAUUCAGGAGCGAAUAAACGAGUAGGCAUGCUGUAGUAACGAAAUGUCAUCUAGAGUUGCCUUAAUUAAGACAGCGGUAAUACACAACUGCGUCAGUUUUUCUUUUCUUUUUUUUUUUCCCGCUAGUACAUCUAAAUGCACUGCAACCACAUCGCGUCGCAGCCGUGUCCGCAAUGACUUCGCGCCGACGUCACAGCUUACGGCAGAUAAUGCAACCCACGUCACCGAUUUCCGCGGAAGCACGUGAUCAAGACGUGGCGAUUGUGUCACGCUUCCAUGCACGUGGCAUAUGUUGGCGCGCGGACACAUGCGGAUGUGCGCCUACCAAAGUAAUCAUCGUUUAGGAAAUAACUAUAGAUCGUUUGCGUGACGCAUAUUAACGCAUAAAAAAAUGAAUACGUCGAAUUCUAACAUUCACUGCACCAAAACUAUUCCAAUCCGACGGUUACUUACUUUUAGUACAUAUGUCAUGCCGCUGUCUGAUCUUAUCGGCACCCGACAGCAGCAGAUCGCGCCAGACAACCUCUCCGUCAAUUUUACGAAAGUGAGUUCGCAACUUAAACGACAACGGAUGAAAAGGAUGUGCUGAGAACCGUUCAACAGAGAGCAGACGCUCGCUCUAUUGCUGUUUUCGUAAUGAAUCGGCACCAACUCGCUCAAUCGCUUGUUUGGCACAGUGGAUUGGGCUUGAAUGAUACGAAAUCGGAGUCGCUCGCGCUUUUUACGCUGACGAAGAGGUGAAGAGACCUGUUCAAUUCUUUUCUCAGAGCGUGCGGUACGAUCCGAUACACUUCCGCGGACAUCAUAGCAUUUCUUGUAAUCUUGGAAAGACCUGUGUUUUUAAUCGUUGCUAUGAAACGCGCUCCGACAGCUUUGGCUUUCGACUCGAAUAUGGCGCGCGUAUUGCCUCUAUCGAACGGUACAAAUGAAUCGCAAAAAAAAAAAAAAAAAAAAAAAAAACUCAUCGGCUAGCCCCCUACUCGCCCAGCAUUGCUCACGAAGCAUCCAUCUAGACUAAAGUGCGGGGAAGUUGGCAAUUCCCCUUUGAAAGCAUAUAGACAGCGCAGACAGGAGCAGGAGCACAAGGAAUCAUUUAUAGCUUCCCUCGUGUCCGUUAUGUGAUCUACGCGCUGUGUGUGACACUCGCGCUUUCAUACUCAAUAUGCUCGAACAUAGACAAUGCGCCGUCCGGUAGAGGUACCAAAAUAGGAAGCUAUUCGAGUCGUUCGCCAAAUCGCACGACGCUCCGCGGAGGAGGCCCGUCCGUCCGGCCAUCGCCCAUCGCUGCUUGCCAAGCGUCGUGAUCGCUUGCCGCCCAAUCAGAAAUGCUGUCCGCGCCGCAAUCCCUCAGGCAAUGCAGCAACGGUAGCGACCACGCAGUGAGAUGUACAGGAGAGUGCGCAUGUUUGACGUUCUGCGGUUGAGUGAGUUUACGCGAAGGGAUUCCGAGACUGUUGGACCCUGAGUGGCAUUGACGAUCUCAGAGGCAUAAAGCACGUGAUUCUUGCGUUGCACCCCAGGUGGCGCUGACCACGGUGAACAGCCAAUUACAGUACUUUUUGUGCAAGGUUAUAAUUAUCCCUGGGUCUCUUCGAUUUCUCAUCCCAGAAUGUCCAAGGAUGCCAGAGACAUCAUUGCGUACACCAGCGCCUCGGGCAGUCCCGAACAACAAAUGGAAGGGACUGGCAUGUUGCUUGUCUUCGAUUUGUCUUUGCUGCCUCGACACUGCCCAUCUCCCACAGUGGAGAGUGUAUCAAGGCAUGACUUACAUCGUAUAGAUAACACAAGGCCUGGUCGCUCGUAUUUGUGAUGUCAUGCUAGCUGACCAAGAACUCAUCACUAAAAAGGGGAUGAUAAGCAACGAUUCUCACGCUCAUUCUUUAGUAAUGCCAUGCGUGGAAAUGGGUACGCCACUACUGUUAUUUCAGGGGCCUGAGUGCCAAGUACUUGCUUUAUCCAGGAGCUGCUGGUCGAACAGUUAGCCUUUAUUACUAAAUCAUGCAUGCACUCUGAAAUCUUGACAUUUCAUUCAUCAGUUACUUCAAGGUCUAACUGAUGGAGCUGCAUGGUAUUUAGGCACUUCGCUGUCUGCCAUAAAUACGCCAUCACAGCUGUCGUGACUGGACAUCUGCACAGACAAGUGCCAAUCAAACAGUUAUACGCUUGCAGAACUGUGAAUUUGGCCCCUGAUUGGCUGACAACAGCUCCAGCUUUCACAGCUUCAUAUUGUUUUACAGAGUCAUGAGUAGGCAUCCUGUGCUUCUCAAGAGUGACAACAGAAAACAUUGAAAGUGUAGGGGAAGCGGCACUCUACUGUACAUCUACCUCUAUCUUCUUUUGAGGCCUGCAGACCGCGGUCGCGACAGUCAGGCGUCACAAACGCGCUCGCGCACGUACGCUGCUCCCGGCAAAGUAUGAAUCUCGUCCACGUAUCUGUAGCGUUUGCACUAGUCGUGGUUAAUCACCGCUCUCUCUAACCGUCCCCACAAAGCAAACACGCGCGGCUACGUACACGCACAAUGUGCUUCGGUGUGUGUGUGUGGUGUCUUUUUUGUUUGUUUGUUGGCCUCCGUUUAACAAUAAAAUGGCCUAUGUACAGAAAGAA